GGCUGCAAACUUUCCUUAUCUUCCGGUACUCGGGACUCCUCCGGCGCACAAAGUCAACAGGUUGAGCAGACGGGAGGCGAGGAGGAGAAGAAGAAGAAAGGGCAGCGCUGUGGUCACAGCCACCGGAGAAAGAAUAUCUCGCGGUGUCCCGCAGUGACGCAGGCAGCGCAGAGUUAACAGCGGCCUUGCUGAACUCCUGCUGGAGUUACUUGGCUCCAGGCAUUCAAACAUUGAGGAAACAGUUUUCAUGGCGGUUUUGAAUUGCAGUUUUCCCACCUGGCAGGAGAUCUUCUCGAUGCCAUUGAGCUGAGCCAGUUGACGUACGUGGAGGGUUGAUGGUUCAAGGCGCGAUGCCCCGGGCCGCUGACAUGAUCAACCUGGGCUUCCUGACCGACUCGGAGCGGGAGAUGAUCCUGGAGGUGCUGCAACGGGACGAGGAGCUUCGGCAGGCUGAGGGGGAGCGUGUGCGGGGUUUGAAGACAGAUUUGCUGGAUGUGAAGAGGAGAGGGGCCAAACGUGGCAGUGGACGCUACAGUGAUCGUAGCUGUGGCAGAUGCCAGGAGCCUCUGAGUCGACUGACGUUUUUCUCCAGCAAGUGUAAGGUGUGCAACCACCAUGUGUGCAGCGACUGCCGAACAGUCCUCCACGAAGGAUCCUGGCUGUGCAGCGUGUGUUCCAUCGAGUCGGAAAUAAAGAAGAGGACGGGGGACUGGUUCUACGAUCAGAGGACCAACCGUUUUUCCACGAUGCCUCUACACGACCUCGUGAGAGCCUCCCUGAAAAAGAAACCUCAGGCAAAGAAGCGUGAGACAACGGGGGAAAUACUGUUGAGGAGUCCUGAAAUAAACCCAGAUCUUCCCAUUCCUGUGCCACGGGUCAGGCAGAAAAAUCCGAUAACGGAUAACAAAGGUCAUUUAAAGGAGAAUUCAGGAUCAGUGGCGUCAAGAGAAUCGUUGGAAUUGAAGGAGGAUGUUUGGUCAAAGUCAGCCUGCAGUGACUCGGAGUCUGCAGAGAACAAGAGUAUAAGGAGCAGUAAAACAUGCUCGGAUUCUGGCCAUGUGACCCCUGAGCAACAACGGAGUGAUCCCUUUUUGGCUCCGCCCAGCCAAGCAGGGUCCAAUGUUUCCAGUCUGACCACUCCAGUCAAAGCCAUUAGCGUUGGCAUUGACAUGGAAGCUAACAAUGCCCCAGAAGUCAAACCGCUCAGCACGAGCCCGCAGAUAGAUGUUGACAAGCUCUUCAAGAAGAGCAUCAAACGGGACCCCAAACCUCCUGAGCAUGUAUCGACGCUGGACCUGCGUGAUGGACGCAACGCAUCGGAGGCCUCGAUGGGCAGCCGGAGCAAGUCUGUGCCGGGCCUGGACAUGCAGGAAGAUGGAGAGGAGGACGAAGAUAUUGACAGCUUGGUUAGCUAUCAUAAAAGGACAAUAUUGUCAAGCACGUACAGCAUACAUAGCUCAAGGAGUACGCUGGGCAGCAUGAUGAGCAUCUACAGUGAAGCGGGAGACUUUGACAGCGUGGAGGUGACCGGAGACCUCGUCUUCUCCCUCUGCUACAACGACCACACCCAGAGCUUCCACGUCUUUAUCGAGGAGUGCCAGGGGCUGGCCUACGGCGACGCCUCCAAGCUGCUUUCCCACCCAUAUGUGAAAUGUUAUCUGCUCCCUGAUAAAUCUCGCCAGAGCAAAAAGAAGACCAGCAUCAAGAGAAACACGGUCAACCCCGUCUACAAAGAGACCCUGAAGUACUCCAUCAACCGCAGUCAGCUGUUCACCCGCUCCAUCUUGAUAUCAGUCUGGCAUUAUGGUCGCUUCAGCCGCAACGCCUUCCUCGGAGAGGUUGAGAUCGCCCUGGACACCCGAGACCUCGACACCCCGUACAUGGACCGCAUGACUCUCAUGGGGAAGUCAGCUUCUGCUGCUGCGGGUGGUGCUGGUGGUGGGCCUGCGUCAGCGUUUGCUCAAUACAAAGGAGAGUUGGUGAUCUCCUUGAAGUAUGUCACACCUAAAAAGCCCAAAAACGAGAAAAACAAAGGCAAAAAGGUGGUGACUGAAGGGGGGGAACUGCAUGUCCUUAUUAAAGAGGCCAAUAAUUUGGUCGCAAUGAAAACAGGAGGCACCUCGGAUAGCUUCGUAAAAGGAUACUUGUUCCCAACGAAGGCAAAGACCACAAAGAGGAAGACUCCAGUUGUGAAGAAGACCCUGAACCCCCAAUACGACCACACGUUUGUGUACAAGGAGCUGGCUCUGGAGCAGCUGGGGGAGAUGUGUCUGGAGCUGACGGUGUGGGACAGAGAGGCCAUGUCGAGCAACGAAUUUCUGGGAGGACUUCGUCUCGGCUGCAUGAAAGGCACUGUAAAAACUGGAAAAGUGGAGGUGGAAAUGGACUCUGUUGGAGAGGAAGUCAGUCUGUGGGAGAAGAUGAUGCAGUACCCGGACUCGUGGGCAGAGGGCACUCUUUCACUGCGCUCCACUAUGCUGACGGGCAAAUGAGGACUGCAAGCAGGCAGAAACCAGAAACUGAAGAAAGGAUGCUGUGGGGGUCCGUGACAAAUAUGAGAUUGUGGAUUAUUAUAUUUUAUCAGACCAGAAGCUGGUCUAUCUGAAGUGAACCUCCACACUGGUUGACUGUAAGCAGACACACAGCUCACUGGCCGGCUGAACAUCUGCAUCCCCGUAUGGGCUUUGUCUUCAGCAGCGUCCCUCCACUUCACUGCGGUGUGACUGUUGAAAAUCUUCACAACACUAAACUUUGGAUUAAUUUGAAGAGCACUUUCAUAGUUGUUUUAUGUUAAAAACAAAUUUAGGCUGGAUAUAUUUUUGCAAUUUUUUUUAAUGCAUGCACAGAAAAAGUGCUGUAAUGAUUCACCUUUUUCCAUAUACAUGUACAGAAUUACACAGGAAAACAAGUUCUUUUAAACUGGCAUUAUACAACAUUUCUGGUAUUUUAUCCAAGUAAUUGUGCUAUAACUUGUGUUUAUAUUAGUUGAAAAGCCCUAUUUUAAUUGAUAGAAUGUGUAUUUUUAACUUUUAACGAUAUGUGAUCAGUCGUGUUGAAUAUUGAAUAUUCUGUUCUCCCAAUAAAAAAAACCUAAACCCAAA